CAGUCAUAAAAUUAUGUUUUUAAAAUUAAACUUUUAAAAUAUGUGAUUUUUAUUUGCAGAAAGUUGUUUUUCAGCUAACUUUGACAGGAUUUCCUACGACUACCAGCUAUAACAUACAAAAUGCAGAAUACGGGAAAAUUAGCUGGAAGGACCAUCUUCGUGACGGGAGGUUCGCGUGGCAUUGGCAAGGCCAUUGCGCUGAAGGCGGCACAGGAUAAGGCGAACGUUGUUAUUGCGGCGAAAACAGUUGAUCCGCAUCCGAAACUGGAGGGCACCAUCUUCUCUGCGGCUGAAGAAAUCGAAGCUGCCGGUGGAAAGUGCCUGCCGGUACAAGUGGAUGUUCGUGACGAAGCCAAUGUCCAGGAAGCGGUGGACAAAGCGGUUAAAAAGUUCGGCGGCAUUGAUAUUUUGGUUAACAAUGCCAGCGCCAUUUUCUUAGCGGGAACGCUCAACACCCCAAUGAAACGCUAUGAUUUGAUGAAUCAGGUUAACGCGCGCGGGACCUUCCUCACUUCCAAAAUAUGCUUGCCACACCUGAAGAAAAGCAAAAACCCCCAUAUUAUUAAUUUGAGCCCACCUCUAAAUCUGAAUCCCUUGUGGUUUAAAAAUAAUUUGGCCUACACCAUGGCGAAGUAUGGAAUGUCCAUGUGUGUAUUAGGCAUGGCUGAAGAGUUCAAGGAUGAUGGAAUUGCGGUGAAUGCUUUGUGGCCACGCACAGCGAUCUGGACCGCUGCAAUGGAGAUGAUGACGGGAGAUGACAAGAGGUGCCGCAAACCAGAAAUUGUUGCAGAUGCCUUUUAUGCCAUUGUUACCAAAAACAGCCGUGAAUUUACCGGCAAUUUUUGUAUCGAUGAGAAAGUGUUAGCCGGCGUGGGCGUGACUGAUUUGGACCAGUACGCCGUUGACAAGAGCCAGAAAGACCUGAUGCCGGAUUUUUUCCUGGAUGAAGCCAGCGAGGACUAUUCCGAGAAAACACUGCAGGGAAUUCGCGAUAAGGCUUUCGGGGGAGAUAAAUCCAAAGGCAGCAGUGCAGGCGCCAAAAAUUCCGGUUCACUGCAGAAACCCGGGGAAAUUUUCUCGGCUAUCGGUGAACACCUGAAGUCCAGCAAUGAUGGCAAACUGAAAGGAGUCUACGCUUUUGAUGUGGAGGGAGCUAAAUGGUUCAUCGAUAUGGAUAAAGGGGAAGCGGGAGAAGGAGAGGGACCUGGCGGCAAACCAGUGUGCACAAUGACAAUGAAAGAGAAGGACUUCAUCGAGCUAUUUACUGGGAAAACGCAAUCAGCACAGGCAUUUAUGUCCGGAAAACUCAAAAUCAAGGGCGACAUGGGAGCGGCUAUCAAGUUGGAUCGUUUGCUUCAACAAUAUAAUAAAAAUAAGGCCUGAAGGCGAUCGACAGUUAUACACCUACAGUUUUAAGCAUUUUGUUGAUUUCGUUCGUUUAAUAAAUGUUUGUUUUUGUUUGGCUGUUUAACCGAUUGUAGUUUAUAAUAAUUUCAAUUUUAUUUCCACUUGUAGUACUGUCGCUUGCAGUAAAGUGCCAGAAAAUG